AUGACUCUACUUUUGCGUGGAAGUUGUGUCCUUUAUUUUGCUAGGAGGUCGUUGUUUCGCUCGUCAUUUUAUCGCACAGAGAAAAGUGAUGGACACGACACUCUUCAGCGCACUGUGCUUGAGGAAGUUCUUGUCAAAGAGAAAGCGAAACCGACGAGUUUCACCGGAAAGGUUACUGAGAAAGCAUCUAAUACACUUCUUUAUGCUGCAGUGACAGGUGGUCUUGGCAUUUUGGGAGUUUUUGUUUAUCUUUUGGCAAGGGAAUUUCUUGCUGAAGGUAGUCCCCAGAAGUUUUACAGCGCGCUUGCCUUAAUAAGAAGGGAUGAGACUUGUCGAGAGCUUUUCGGUCCAACAAUCGCUGGUUUUGGCGAAGAAACCUCACGUGGACGACGUCGUCAUGUAGCGCACCAUAAAUACCAAAAAGAUGGUAAACAACGUAUUCGCGUCCUUUUCCACUUGAAGGGUGAACGUGAUGAAGGUAUCGCACAGGCGGAGAUGGAGCAACAAGAUGGUAAAUGGCAUUGGCGAUUCCUUUAUGUGGAAACGAAAAGACGGCCCAAAACCACUCAUGUAUUAAUAGACAGUCGAUGA